ACUGAAAAUUAAGAUGGCCGGAACCGGUUUCAACCAGAAAUUGCGCGGUAAUAUUCACUGAAGUGUGCGAUUGUGUACGAAGCAAGAUUCAAAAUUUUGUACAUAAUUUAAUAAUUGACUAUCUGAAUUGUUUUCAUAACUCAUGAUACAUAUAUGUUUAUGUGAUGUUGAAAGUGUCUGAAAGAAACUGAAAGUUCAUUACAAUAUAACAAUUAAACACAAGAAAAUACAUAUGUGUUUCUAAAAUGUUUUUUCACAUAUUAAAGAUAUUAGUCAGAAAUAAUCAAUGUUAUAUGUGAACAGUUUCAUAUAUUAUUAAGCUGUCCAAAUGGCACAAAUGACUGAGGUAAAGUUUGGGGACUUCCAAAUAGAUCAGCGAUAUAAAAAAUUAGAGCGGGAAUUGAAACUAGCUUCUCUUAGAAAGGAACAUAACAUCAAUGAAUCAAUUUCAUCUCCACAUUUCUCUAAUAUCGAUUCAAAUUUAACUAAAUCUAGCACCAGUAUUUCUACUUUACACAAUUCUAAAAUGGACAAUGAUGUUGUUUCUUCAAGCAAGAAUUUAAGAAAUAUAUUUCUACAAAGGAACUUAACUAAGCGAAAUUCUCUUCAGGAUGAUUAUCUUAUGAUGAAGCCACCUAGCACUCACAAAGUUCCCAGAACCUCUAAUAAAUCAAAUUAUACACUAAGAUGUAAUUCAAGAGUUUCCAAUGAAUACACUGAUAGUGUUAAUUCUUUACAAAAUAGUUCUGAUAAUUUACAAAAUAAGAAAACUGUAGUUUUCAUGAAGUGGAAAGUUAUGUUAACUGAACGGGGUCAAUUAGCUGUUAAAGGAAUAUUACAAUGUAAAAAGUAUUUUCAAACCAAACCUAUUGUAAAAAGAUUAACAGGUACAAGCGUGGAAUGUGCUUGUAAGGAUGUGUAUCAUUUGCAAGGAAAUAUUGUUGAUGAUGAUGAAGAAUUACCAGAAUAUGUGAGGGGUAAAUUUUAUAAUGGGUUUCCUGAGGACUGGAGAAAUGUUCAUCAACUGUGGAAAACAUAUAUACAACAAGGAUGUAGAUUAUCUUUUCGUUGGCCUACUGCUAUUGCAGACAGUGAUGAUGAUUUGAAAAGUGAAGUAACAGAUGUUACGUAUUUACAUUCAGAAAAUUUUAAGCAUGACUUAUCAGACUCAAGAUCUUUAAAAAAAUCAUUUGAUUCUGAAUGUUCAAUCAACUGUUCACAAAAUGACAAUAAUAAAACUUUUACUUUGCAUAAUUGUGAAAGAAGAAAUUCGUAUGCACAAACAUCAAUAUCAAUAUCUGAAAAUUCAUUGUAUAAUACCAACAUUCAGAUUCCAUCGAAAAAGUAUAAUAUGUGUAAUGCAGAGUGUGAUAAAACACUGGAAGAUCUAAGUUUUGAUUAUACUGACACUAAAAAUAAAGUUGCAUUGAAGGGAAAAUUAAACACCCUUCUAAACAACUUAUUGGAUAAAAACUGUCCCAAAAAAUGCAUUUCUGAAAUUAUUAAGAUAGUUGAAUGUCUAAAUAAUGUUGUGUCAAUUGAAAGUAAUGAAUCCACUACAGAAGAUUUAAAACAAGAGAAUCAGAAAAAUAAACAGGAUAUAGAAACAAGUUCUGAUUCCGAAAAAUUAGAAUCAGUUUCUAUGGUAAAUAAUACAGGAAGCAUGCAGAGUAAUUCAAUGCUUUAUCAUAAAUGUACUGCAGAAGAUAAAAUUGUAAACAAUGAAAUUGCCAAUAGUUAUGAACUAUUACCAAGAAAACGAACGUUCACAAAAAUGAAUGAAGAUAAUAGCAAUGAUAGCUUUGAAAGUGAAAAUGAAAUUUAUGCAGGAACUCCUAAAAUACCAGUGAGACAAUUCUUUAAAAAAAGAGGAACAUUAACAAAAUCUUAUAAACGUAGGUCAAAAAAAGUGGCACAUAAAAAAUAUGAUGUUGCGAGUAAACAUGCUUCAGAUACAUCUUCAUCUGACAGUUCUAUUGACAAAUUGAGAUCAAAACAAAACGAUGACAUACAUUUGAAGGAUUGUAGUGCAAAGCAUGAAACACAUUUUUCCGGCACAAAACGAGACGAUAUUAAUCCAAAUAUUACCAAAUCCGUUGAUUUCGAUAUGUCGAAAGAAGAACAAUGGAACCGAUUAAGUAAUCUUAAUAACGAUAAAAGUAUACAUAAAGUACAGAAGUGUUUCAUAGGAGAAAAUUCAACACCCAUUCAUAGAUCUGCUAGCAAUGUUUUUAAUUGUCUUGAUGGAAUGAAAACUAGAAAAUCUGAAUACAUGUUAACUGAGAAUCAUAACAAUAUCGAAAAACAAAUGAAUUUUGAUGCGGAACAAACAAGUGAAGAAACAAAAGAAGAAGCAAAUUCUGAUAAGGAACAUACUAAUGAGAAUUAUACAUAUCGUGAAUCACCUAAAAAAUUCACGUACAAUAAUACUAGUAAAAUUGCAAAACCUACCAUAACCAGCUCAAUACCUGUUUAUAUAAAAGUUAAAGAUUCAGGAUCAAAGCUUCUGUCAGAACCGCAAAAACCAAGAACAAAUGUAGUUGAUAAUGAAAAGAAGAGUACUAAAGAAUCGAACAAGGAAAAUAAAAAGACACGUAAAAGGUCUCCUAUAAAAUUGCGUGGUGUAAAAACUGAUAAUUCAACUUUGUUAAGUGAUAGUAAGAAAAAUAUUGAAAAACAUAUUGAAGUUCAGUUAGAUGAUGUAGAUUCUACCACUUUAAAAAUGUCACAAGCUAAUUUGGAAAUCUUUAAAGAUAGUCAACAAAAUAUAAGCAACCAUAAACCAAAAAAGUUAACUGCUUGGGCACCGAAAGUCUUGUGCAAGUCAGAAUUGUCUUUAAUCUUCGAAGGGUCAUUAUUAAACGAUGCUGGUCACUUAGUAAGCAAAAAAUUCCAAACUGAUAACGUACUUCGCAGAGUAUCAGCAAAAGUAAUUGAGACAGAGGAUCAUGAAUUGUAUGAGUUAGUUGGUGAUUUAAAUGAUAAAAAACAUGCUGUACCUAAAGAAUUGGUAAAUGAUUGUCGUAAUGGUUGUCCUGCAAGAAUAGAUCAGUUUUGUAGGAAAUGGAAAAUAUUGCAAGAAAAUGCAAAUUCGACACAGGACAUUACUACUAUUGGAGAUUUAAAUGUUGGUGUAAGUUCAAAAGGCAGGAGAAUUAUACGCCCAUUAAGUUAUUGGACAGGAGAACGUAUUACUUUUAAAGAUGACAAUCCAAUAUAUAGCCCUGGUAUUUCAGAAGCCACGACUAAUAAGAUGACAGAUAAUGAAAAAAUUGAAAGCAGCGAAUUUCGAAAAUCUGACAGAAUAAAGAAACAGAGAAAAAGUAAACCAAAGCUAGAAUCAGAUUCCUCUCUCAACAGAGAAUAUAUGCACUCCCAUAAGAAGGAACACAGAGUUAAGAGAAAUAAGCCGAAACCACUUAGCUCGAGGUCAGAGAAUCUACGUGAACCUUAUGUGAUGAGUAUUGAACCAAAAUUAAUUAAAAACUCGACGAAAACGAAUGAGAAUACCAACAGCUCAGAACAAAUGUCGAUGAACCGCCAAUUUUCAAACGGAGAGGAUUGUAUCGUAGCAACAUAUUAUUUGAAGACUUCACUAAAUGACGAGGUAUUAUCUGAGGACCAGGAAUCUCAUGUAUAAAAUAACAUUCCUUGCAACUAUUUUGUUUAUAUGUCUUUGUAUAUUUUAUAUUGUAUUACUUUUCUAAAUAAAAGAUAAAAUUUAUGU